CACCCUUCACAUGUAAAUAUGGUAGGCUACAAAGGUGCACCUUUUGAUCUAUCUUUUGAUCUAUCAGUGGUACUUUCCCAGUGACAGCUUUUGUACAUUUUGAUGGGGACAUUCUACCUUGUGGAUCCACUGAUGACAGAAAUCAAGUCACGUACAUGUUUCUCGUCAGUGGGUGGAAUGCUGUUCCCUGCAAGCGUGUUAUUAUAUUAAGACGAAACCGCAUUGUUCACAAGAAAGGCAAGAAAGGCAGCGUGUAGUCUUUUAGUCUGUCAUUGCAGAAAUUCCGAGAAGGCGAGACAGAAGUUUUGAAGUCAUACCGUAAGACCAUCUCUACACGAGGAAAGCGCUUUAAACCUGCCAGACCUGCUGUCACGAAAACCCGAGAUGAGGGCGUUUUAUUUUCGAUGGAUUUUACUCUCAGCUCUUUGGAUUGCAGGGAGUGAGAUGCACAUCACAAAUCUCAGAUCAUAUACCAUCAGUGCUGGUCUUGCAUUUAAGCUUGAGUGCAAUGAAGACCGUGAAAUGCAGAAUGUGAGCUGGAGCCGUGUUCCUGAUCAGAGUCUGGAAAGCAUCAGCGGAAUAAACAUUCAUGGAAGCGCGCUAUGGUUUCUGCCUGUUGACCUCUCCCACAGCGGAUCCUACUCCUGUCUCAGCAGAAAGGGCAAUAAAACUGGGGAAACAAUAUUUGACGUCUCCGUUGACAAUAAAGCAUGCCCCUGUGCGAACAGAAAAGACGGAGUAAAGAGCACAAAGGACAUCACUUGUUUGCUUCCUCACAUCUUUGAGAUAGACCCUCAGGCUCAAGUGACCUGGAGAAAUAACUGCCACCCACUCAAUGUGACAAACAGUAAGGUUUUCCCGCUAAACAGAUCCCGAGACAUGGUUGGACUCUAUACGUGCUUUGUGAGCUUUACUUUUGGAGGGCAGAAUUACUCUGCUGCCCAGACUACAGAAAUCUACAGCCACUCUAAGGGUUAUGUGGUGACAAAGCCUGAAAUCAUCUACCCAAAAGAAGAAACACAAAAAGUAACACUUGGUGAAAGUUACACACUGAACUGCAAAGCUCUUGUUGGGAAGAACGACGGUGGAGAAACUUUCAUCUACUGGCUUAAUGGCUUUACAUUUCUCGAACUGGACUACGUCACAAGCAUGUAAGUACAUUUGCCAUUCACUCUUCAUGCAUACAUACAUCUAUCCAUAUUAGGUGUUUCAACG